AUGAGUUAUCAGCUUUUAGCAGGCAGCCAACAAAAUGCUCAAAGCCCCUUUACCGAGGAUAGUGCAAGCAGCUUGAGCACCUUGUUCCAUUCUAGCUCCGACAGCAGCAAGAAAAUGUCUAACUCUGGAGGAAGGACAACCUUAUCCCUGAGUGGAGGCUGCAAGAGUGGCACCUGUGGAAGUGGAGUCCAGGGAGUUCAAAGGAGAUGCAGCAUCCAGGGAGUCCAUGUUGAUCCAAAGCUGUUGGAGCCUUUCCAUAUCAGUAUCUCCCCUGAGAUCCAGAAAGUGAAAUGCAAAGAGAUGGAGCAAAUGAAGUCCCUUAACAGCAAAUUUGCUGGUUUCAUUGAUAAGGUGCAGUCCUUGGAACAGAAGAACCAGCUGCUAGAAACUAAAUGGACCCUCCUGCAACAACAAACUAAACCACCCAUGGAAAACUUUGACUCUCUUUUUGAAGACUUCAUUGCAAUCCUGAGGAGGCAGCAGGAUAAUGUGAAGUAUGAGACCAAGAAGCUUCAAAGUGAUAGUGAAAGUACAAAGGCACAGGCUGCAGAUUCCAAGUCCAAAUACGAAGAGAAAGCAAAGCAGCGUGUUGCAGCAGAGAAAGAGAUUAUAGAACUUAAGAAGGACGUAGACUGUAUCUGUUCAAACAAUGCAGAGCUGGAGAAGAAAGUCUGUCUCCUGAGCCAAGAGAUCCAGUUCCUGAAAUGUGUGUAUAAGAAGGAGAAAGAUCAGCUUGAGAAGCAAGAUGAAGACUUGGAUGUGAUUGUGAAAAUUGACAACAGUAGAAACCCUGACUUGGACAGUACCAUAGCUACAAUCCGAAAAGAGUAUGAGGCAAUUGUGGAAAGAAGUAAAGCUGAGGCAGAUAAAUAUUACCAAAACAAGUAUGAAGAGGCUCAAAGUAAGAGAUCUAGUUUCCAAGGGGAUCUGAAGAAUCAAGAGAAGCAGAUUUCAGAACUUAUCAAACAAAUUGAGAAAGUCCAGUGUGAAAUUCAGCGUUUGCAGAAGGAGAACAACGAACUCAAGAAGACAGUUGGUGAGGCAACCAAAGGAGGUGAACAAGCUGUCCAAGAAGCCCAGCAGAAAUACUCUGUGUUGGUGGAUGCCCUUCGAAAUGGCAAGGAUGAACUGGCUGGCCUAGUACGUGACUACCAGAAGGUCCUGAAUGUAAAGUUAGCUCUUCAUAUUGAGAUUGUAGCCUACAGAAUUUUGCUGGAGGAAGAAGAGAGCUCGGAAGAAGAGUUUAGAAAUUUCUCUUCUGCUUUUGAUUAA